UGGAAAUCUCACUUAUUUCAUACAAGGAGCUCUCCCCACUACCUACUCUGUGCUGGGCCUUGGACGAGCAGCUGGAGAGCACUGCUGGCUGCUGAGCCUCCCUCCUGCAGCGAGAGCCUCGGGCCAGCCGUGACAGUGCCGCAGGGCUGGCAGACAGGGGUCUAACUCUCAUCUCCACACUGGGCAGAGCUGCUGGCCUCAAGGGCAGACUCACACCUGCCUCCAGCCCUCAAACAGAAGGUCUGCCCUGCUCCCAACGCCACUUCGACCCUUGCUCCGUUGUGCAUCCCUCGGCUGCUGACAUAGGCUUGGAAGAUGGAUGGCCCAGGGCUGAGCUGGCUGGUGAAUCGCUCCUUCCCCUUUCCACUGGGCUCUGCUCAAUAUCCUGAGCUCAGAUUGGACCUCCUCGACAGGAAAGGUUCCUGCUUGCAGCUGGCUGCCAUGAGGAAUGUGAACAUCAUCCUGCAGCACUAUAACUUCACAGGAAAGCUGACCAACCGGCAGUCCCGGGACGAGGGCAUGGGCCUCAUCCGCACAACCUUUGUCAUCAUCAGCUGCAUCAUCAUCCUGGAGAACCUGCUCGUGCUGCUGGCCAUCCUGCGGUGCCUGCGAGCCCGGCGCUGGGUCUACUCCUGCAUUGCCAGCAUCACCGUGAGCGACCUGCUUGCAGGCGUUGCCUACCUUUCUAAUCUCUGCCUCUCAGGCAAGAAGACCUUCCAGCUUUCACCUCAGCUCUGGUUCCUCCGGGAAGGCAUCCUCUUCAUCGCGCUGGCUGCUUCCACCUUCAGCUUGCUUGUGACGGCCAUUGAGCGCUACAGUGCCAUGGUAAGGCCAAUUGCUGAGAACGAAGCCAGCAAGACCCUGCGCUUGCGCGGGCUCAUUAUCUCCUGCUGGCUUCUGGCCUUCAUUAUUGGGCUGCUUCCGCUGCUGGGCUGGAACUGUCUGUGCGACUUCAAUGCCUGCUCUGUUCUCCUGCCUCUCUACUCCAAGAACUACAUCCUCUUCUCUGUGGUCAUGUUCAGCAUCAUCCUCCUGGGGAUCAUCGGCCUCUACAUCUCCAUCUUCCAGCUGGUCCAGGCCAGUUCUAAGCAAACCACUUCUCGGCACAGCCGCAAACGAUCCCUGCGCUUGCUCAAGACUGUGCUGAUGAUCCUGGGUGCCUUCAUCAUUUGCUGGAGCCCUCUCUUUGCCCUGAUGCUCUUUGAUGUGUUCUGUGAGACACAAACCUGCAGACUCCUCCACAGCCUGGACUGGACCUUGGCUCUGGCCAUGCUCAACUCGGGCGUUAACCCCAUCAUUUACUCCCUCCGCAGCGUGGAGGUGCGCCGUGCUGUGGGAAGCCUGCUGUGCUGCUGCUGCCUCAGGGUUGGGCUUUGCAAGCCUGGGGACUGCCUGGUCAUCACAGACAUCAACUCUGGCUCAUCCACAGAGAGCUCCCUGCGCUACCGGGAGAGCUUCCGCAGCUCUGUGGCUCUGAAUGCCCGGCCCAGAGCACCUCUCUCCAGCAACUCCAGCAUGAUGAGCAACCUCCCCAGCCUCUGAGAGGCCAUGGGGAGAGAAGAGAUGGCCAGACAGCCCACCAGGACUUCACGCUGCUGGUUCUGGCCUGUCAGAACUGUCUGAUGUUCAGCUUGGGCUCACCGGGUGCUGCCUCACUUCAGCUGUUAACCGUGGCCAGGCUUCCCAGCCCCUUUUGACCAGGACGUUGCUUCGUUGUGGGUGCAGCAUGGGAACAGUCAUUGCUGCCCCAAUGGGAUAUGGGCAUGGUCUGGGAUCGAUGCCAUGCUGAGACAACUGCUGUGCCCAGCUUCCAGGUGGGCCCUGCUCUGUGUGUGCACGGACAUAGGUGCUGUACCUGCCCCAAUUUUGCCCCAAGACACGAUGAGGGAUGGGAUGGCUACCCCCAUCUAGACUGCCCCAACCCUUUAGGGUCAGGCUAGGCUGUUAGUGCUGCCCCAGCAUGUCAUGCAGGGCUGGAGGUGACACCUGAGUCUUCUCCUGUAGCUUAUAGACUCUGGAGUCACUGCAGUGGGCACAGCUGCUGGAAAGGAAUGUGGGCUCGAUGUCUUCGCAGGGAGUCAGGAACUGGGUUUGCAAGUGAAAAUGUGCAUGGCUGGGGUCACCUCAGAGGUCCCUGGACAAGAGCCACGUGCCCACCUGCUGUGCAGCACAAACCUCUCACAGGACCGGCAAAGGGCAGCAGCAGCAGCCUCAUCCCUCGCAGGAGUGCAGAGGUGGGCACUGUGCCCAGCCAAGCGCUGUGACUGUUUCUGGCCUGGAAGCAAGAAGAGCUCUGCUGUGCCUCUGGGCACGGGUCUGCACCUGCACUGACAGCCCUAGCACCACCGUGUGCAACGGGAGGUACGACAGGAUGAUGACUCUGGUGUCUGGUGCCACCAUGGCAUCUGGCCAAACCCUUUGGGUAAGAGCAGAGCAGCUGCAGUGCCAUGUGGGUCGUGCUCCAGCAAAACCAAGUUCCUUGCACAGCGGCGGUGCCCAUUACAGUAGGCACUGCCAGGAGGCUGAGCAGCAGCUUCCAGAUGCCUUUGUGUCCUAUUGUCUCCUGUGGGGUCUGGAUUACACCUGAACGUAAGCAGCAUGAUUCGUUUCCUCUUCCUUUCUGGGACAAAAAGGCUGCAUCCUUCCAGGAACCUUUUUGAAAAAGAACAUUUUGCAACAGAACAGAUUUGCAAGAAUCACUUCAACGGCCUGGAACUGUGUCAUCACCUUGAGGGCAGAGUGGGGUGGAGCCUGCCCCAAGCCCUGUGAAGUUCAGCACAGCUGGGGAAAGGAAUCCCAGCAGCUCGGAGCUCUCCCGCAUCUGGAAAAGGGGAAUAACCCACGCUCUGUCCUGGGGGUCAUCAACAUUAGAGAAGGAAGGGCCCCGGGAAGCCGGGCUCACAGCGGUCACCCCUCUCCCUCUGCCGCCGCAGAGCUGGGCGCUGGGCUGGGCCCGGCCGAGCAGCGCCGCCGGCACCGGGAGGGCGAGACCAGGCCCGGAAAAACGCCCGGCCCCGGAACGGCCCCGGAACGGCCCCGCGCCCGCCGGGGGCUCGCCCCGCUCCCCGCGGCUGCCCCCGCUCCUCCUCCCGGCCGGGGGAAAGCAGGCCCCUCCGUCCGCAAUAAACCGUGCUGAAAGCCCC